AAAAAAUAAAUAAAGUUUUAUAGAAGAGAAUUUGCAGGUUUCUCAAAAAAAUUUUGCAGAGAGAGAUAGAGAUGGAUAGGCAUAGGCUGGGACUGAGCACGAGAUGGAUAGCAACGGUGGCGAGCAUAUGGAUCCAGUGCAGCUGCGGUUCAUCCUACACCUUCUCCAUCUACUCCUCCGUCCUCAAAUCAACCCAAAACUACGACCAGUCAACGCUCGACACCGUCUCCGUCUUCAAAGACAUAGGUGCCAACGCCGGCAUCCUAUCGGGCCUCCUCUACUCCUCCGUCACGCUCAAUUCCUCCUCCUCUACCUUCCUCGGACCCUGGGUGGUCCACGUGGCCGGUGCGAUCCAGUGCUUCCUAGGCUAUUUUCUGAUGUGGGCCUCCGUCGUUGGAUUGAUCCACCAGCCUCCGGUGCCGUUGAUGUGCCUCUUCAUGUUUCUCGCAGCUCAUUCUCAGACUUUCUUCAACACCGCCAACGUUGUCAGUGGCUUAGAAAACUUUCCGAAUUAUGGUGGGACCAUCGUUGGAAUCAUGAAGGGCUUUCUCGGUAUCAGUGGAGCAAUACUAAUCCAAAUGUAUGACACACUAUGCAAGGGCGAACCAAGCACAUACCUUCUGAUGCUUGCUUUGUUGCCUACACUUGUCUCUCUUGUGCUUAUGUUUUUGGUGAGAAUUUAUAAAGCAACCACAGCUGAUGACAAAAAGCACUUAAAUGGUUUCUCUGCGGUAGCUCUAAGCAUUGCUGGUUAUCUCAUGAUUAUCAUAAUUUUGGAAAACAUAUUCACUUUUCCAUUAUGGGCAUGCAUUUCUACAUUCAUUCUUCUUCUGAUUCUAGUUGUAUCACCUCUUGGAAUUGCAAUCAAGGCCCUGAGGGAGGACUCAAAUAGAUCAUUACAAAAAUAUUCAAUUGAGAAUAAUCCUUUAACAGACAAUGCUGAGCAAAUCACAUCCCCUAAAUUUUCUACAGCAGAGGAUCCUAUAGAGUAUCAUCAAUUGCCAAGUGGUGACAGCAAAGUCAAGGGAACUUCUGAUGACAAAAUGCUUCUCAAUGAAGAACAGUUGAAUCUUUUGCAAGCCAUGCGUACUGUAAAUUUCUGGAUGUUGUUUAUUGCCAUGAUAUGUGGAAUGGGCUCUGGGCUGGCUACGAUUAAUAACAUGAGCCAAAUAGGGGAAUCUCUAAAUUACACAACUACAGAGAUAAAUAGCUUGGUUUCUUUAUGGAGUAUCUGGAAUUUUCUUGGCCGUUUUGGAGCUGGAUAUGUAUCAGAUUAUUUUCUGCACUCCAGAGGUUGGGCAAGGCCAUUGCUGAUGGCUUUUACUCUUGCCACAAUGACUGCUGGCCACAUAGUUAUUGCAUCUGGUUUUCCCGGAAAUUUGUAUGUUGGUUCAAUCCUAGUGGGAAUUUGUUAUGGUUCUCAGUGGUCAUUAAUGCCCACCAUCUCUUCUGAGAUAUAUGGUGUUAGGCACAUGGGUACUAUUUUCAACACUAUUGCCAUAGCAAGUCCUGUGGGAUCUUAUAUUUUCUCUGUGAGAGUAAUUGGUUAUUUUUAUGACAAGGAGGCAUCUGGUGAAGAUGACUCAUGUUCUGGUACUCACUGCUUUAGGUUAUCUUUUUUUAUCAUGGCUUCUGUGGCUUUUUUGGGGUUCAUUGUUGCUGUUGCAUUGUUCUUUCGGACUAAGAGAUUCUAUCAGCUAGUUGUGCUUAGAAGGUUAAGGCAUGCUUUAAAAUGAUGAGAAGUAAAUAUGAGAACUUUGUGUAUGGUGAAAAGGAAAUAUUAGCUGAGGCCAUAACCUUUGUGAUUUUUUCUGGGUGUUAUAUAUACGGUGGUUUAUUUGAUAUCGGGUGAAAUGGUAUCUGUUUGUAUGAUAAAAGGAAAGUUUAUGGAAAAACUUUUAUUGUUGUAUUUUGUCA